CAGCUGCAGAGAGAUCCAUCAAUAUAUCCAGGAUUCUCCAUUUGACCAAAGACUUUGGCAAAGUUGAUUCUAGCAUCGAUCAUAACAAAUACAAUAACAAUGUCAGUAGGAAGGUUCAUGCCUUUGACGUUGUUUAGGCAGAGGCCUAGGUCUUUACACGACCUUUCUUUAACCGUGCGACAAGAAAUAAUCCGACGAUAUUGCAGCUCUAGGCCUACAGGAGAGAGAAAGAUUCGAAUAGGAUGUGCAUCUGGCUUUUGGGGUGAUACAGCAACAUCAGCUCCACAGUUGAUUCACAAUGGGAACAUUGACUUCCUUGUAUUUGACUACUUGUCCGAAAUAACAAUGUCACUUAUGACUGCUGCUAAACAUAAAUCUCCGGAUCUUGGUUAUGCGCCAGACUUCAUCCAAGCUGUGAUGGCACCUCUACUUGGAGACAUCAAGAAGAAAGGAAUAAGAGUGAUCAGUAAUGCCGGUGGAAUAAACCCUCACAGCUGUGCAGCAGCUUUGAAAGAUGUAGCCAAGAAGUCAGGAGUAGACCUGAAGGUCGCUGUAGUAACUGGUGACAAUGUCAUGUCAAAGAAAUCUGAUAUCUCAGAAACGGGAGUAAGUGACAUAGAUUCUGGAGUACCCAUACCAAAAACCCUGGUUAGCAUGAAUGCUUAUUUAGGAGCAACACCAAUAUCAAGAGCUUUGGACCUUGGUGCCGAGGUGGUAAUUACUGGACGGUGUGUGGACAGUGCAGUUGUUUUAGGACCCUUAAUGCAUACAUUUGGAUGGGCCCCUGAUGACUAUAACUUGUUGGCUCAAGGAAGCUUAGCAGGCCAUUUAGUAGAAUGUGGAGCACAGGCUACAGGAGGAAUAUUCACCGAUUGGCACACUGUUCCAGACUGGGAUAAUAUAGGAUUCCCGAUAGCUGAAUGUUCGUCUGAUGGCUCGUUCAUUAUCACUAAGCCACCAAAGACAGGUGGCCUGGUGUCUGUACCAGCAGUUGCUGAACAGCUUGUGUAUGAGAUCGGUGACCCCAAGAAGUACCUUCUCCCUGAUGUUACCUGUGAUUUUAGUCAAGUUAAGCUAUCACAAGUGCAUGGUGAAGCAGUGUCGGUGACAGGUGCUCUAGGCUCCGAGCCAACCAACCAGUACAAGGUUAGUGCUACUUACACAGAUGGAUACAGAGUAACAGCUGUGUGCCCAACAGCAGGAAUAAAUGCUGCCGAGAAGGGAAGGAGAACAGCAGAAAGUAUACUGAAGAGAGUCAGGAGAAUGUUCAAGUUUCUUGGCUUAGAAGAUUUUACGCAAACCAAUGUACAGAUGCUUGGAUCUGAAGAGUCUUAUGGCCCCCAUAGUAACUCUCCAAACCCCAGAGAAAUAGUAAUUUGGCUGGCGGUCCAACAUCAACAGAAGAAAGCUUUAGAAAUUUUCUCAAGAGAGAUAGCACCAGCAGGAACUGGAAUGUGCCCUGGAUUAACUGGUAUUGUCGGGGGUCGACCAAGAGUUUCACCUGUACUCAGGCUCUUUUCUUUCUUAUAUCCCAAAGAAAAUGUUACGAUUCAUGUUGAAAUGGAUGAUCUCAAAGAGACAGUAGAAAUCAAGGAGCAUGCUGCUGCACAGUCAGAUAAUAUUUCUCAGCAAGAAGAGCCCCCAAUACCUACUGGUCUUGAAACUGGCUCAUGCAGUUAUACUCUAGGCCAACUAGCCUAUGCAAGAAGUGGGGACAAAGGGAAUAGUGCAAAUAUAGGUGUUAUUGCUAGGCAUCCGUCUUUUGUGCCUUAUCUACGGGAAGCUCUCACGGAAGAAGCAAUACGGAACUACUUCCGCCACAUACUUGAGCCUGGAAUAGACAAGCAAAUUCAAAGGUUUGAACUUCCAGGCAUUCAGGCUUUCAAUUUCCUGCUGAAGGGCGCCCUCGGAGGGGGUGGAGUAGCUUCAUUACGGAGUGAUCCACAGGGUAAAGCACUUGGACAGAUGUUGUUGGAUUUUCAACUUGAUGGCUUGCCAGAUCUACUAUCUAGACUAAAAUGAGAUGUAUUUCCUCAGAUUUAUCACUGCUUAACGGAAAGAUUAAUACUAAUCCUGAAAAAUGUUUGUUUAUCAUGAAGAAAUAUUUAAGACAACAAAUAUUGUUUAUUAAGAAGAUUUAUAUUCUUUUAUUUAUUUUAUUUUAUUUUGCAUUUGUUUAAGUGUUCAUCCAUUUUUAAGUUAGUACAAAACACUCCUUUUCUGUGACCUCUCCUUCAUCUACCCCCCCACCACAAACAAAAGAGUACAUAAUAAAUAAUGAUUAUUUUUAUUUUGAGAUCACUAAAGAAUACAUACAUUAUUAUUAACGCUCCGCCCUCCCCACCUCCCAGUAUAUGUUUUACACUCUUGUUAAAAUGAUGACAAAAUGGAUAACUCUUAAGUGUUUCUUGCGUAAUUUAUAUAUAAUCAGAUUAGAAUUGCCUGUCAAUAUGUAGGAGAGGUCGUCCGUUUGUGGUUUGGGCUGUCUGUCUUGGGUUUCAAUCCACGCUGUCAAAUUCACUUCUGUCUUGUCAAUCCACUUCAUGUAUUUAUCUUGUUCCGCUUACGAGUGUAAGUAAUAUUUAAGAAUGUCCAAGGAAAAUCAAUUAAAAAAUUUAGCUUAAUUUACUAAACUUUCAAGGUUCAAGAUUACAAAUUAACCAAAUUUGAGAUGAGAUAACUUCAUUCGAGGUUAAUAUUGUCAAAUUUUGGCAACUAGUUUCCGCUUGUCUAGGUGAAGAAUUUUACAAUUUGGAAAAUCUACUUAUAAAAUAUACCAUUUGGAUAUUAUGAAUCAAGAAUUAGUGCUUUGACUAUACCGUACUGUAUGUAUGUUUGUUAUGACUACAGUAAGCAUAAAUUAGGUUGUCAAUGGUUAAGGACUUCUUCCAUUAAGCUUGUGUGCUCAUUCCAAUUUAUCACUAUGUUUUCAACCAACAUGUAAAUUUAAUUUGUUUAUUAUUAAAAGACAAUUCUACCUCAUCUAUUUAAUUGUAUCUAAAAAGAAUUUAAAUAAUCAAAAAUAAAUAAAUACUCAACCUUUCAUAUUGAUCUUAACUUAACAACAAUAAAUCAAAAAUUGGAAUAGCUAGUGCAUAUUAUUGAGAGUAGGAAGUUCAAGCCGCCACACCCACCUCCGCCCCACCAUGGUUGGUGUAAAUAAGUAGUAAACAAUUGAGCUCUCCUUUCUCCCACUGCUGGAUCGCCACUGAACUCAUAAGUUCAUUCACUUUUCCCCCUUUCCUCUUUUUAACCCAAAUUUUUAUCCCUCUUUUUUAUUUUUCGGUUUGACCGACGAGGGGCACGGGCCCUCAUG